CGCCGCGGACUCGGUUUCCCGGCGUGCCGUCGGGCGCGGGGGGCGGUGGCGUCACUUCCGUCGCGCGGGAGGGGGGAGGGGCCCGGCCUUUCCGUGCUGCGCAGCGCCGGGAGCGGAGCGGCCGCGAUGUCGCGCUUCUUCACCACCGGCUCCGACAGCGAGUCCGAGUCCUCCGUGUCGGGGGACGAGCUGGUGGCCAAGCCGGCGGGCGGCAACUACAGCAAGCCCAUCCUGCUGAGCGAGGAUGAGGAGGACACCAAGCGCGUGGUGCGCAGCGCCAAGGACAAGCGCUUCGAGGAGCUCACCAACCUGAUCAAGACGAUCCGCAACGCCAUGAAGAUCCGCGACGUCACCAAGUGCCUGGAGGAGUUCGAGCUGCUGGGCCGGGCCUUCACCAAGGCGCGCGGCAUCGUGGACAAGGAGGGCGUCCCCCGCUUCUACGUCCGCAUCCUGGCCGACCUCGAGGACUACCUCAACGAGCUGUGGGAGGACAAGGAGGGGAAGAAGAAGAUGAACAAGAACAACGCCAAGGCGCUGAGCACCCUGCGCCAGAAGAUCCGCAAGUACAACCGCGACUACGAGGCGCUGAUCGCCAGCUACAAGCAGAACCCGGAGCAGUCGGCGGACGAGGACGAGGAGAAGAAGAGCCGCGACUCGGAGGGCUCCAGCUCGUCGGAGGAGGACGAGGACGAGGACGGGCUGAGCGCCGCCGCCUUCCUCAAGAAGAAGGAGGCCGGGGAGGCGCGGGGCCGCUUCCUGAAGAAGAUGGAGGAGGACGAGGACUCGGAGGACUCGGAGGACGACGAGGAUUGGGGCUCCUCGGACUCGGACACGGACUCGGAGUCGGACGAGGACGAGGGCAAGUACACGUCGCUGGCCUCCAAGUUCCUCAAAAAGGACGAGGACAAGCGCGGGGGCGAGAAGAAGCGCGAGGAGAAGGCGAAGAAGAAGCACGACCGCAAGGCGCGGCGCUACGAGGACGAGGAGGACGACAACGAGGGCGGCGAGUGGGAGAAGGUCAAGGGCGGCGUGCCCCUGGUCAAGGAGAAGCCCAAGAUGUUCGCCAAGGGCACGGAGAUCACGCACGCCGUGGUGGUGAAGAAGCUCAACGAGAUCCUGCAGGCGCGCGGCAAGAAGGGGACGGACCGGGCGGCGCAGAUCGAGCUGCUGCAGCUGCUGGUGGGCAUCGCCAACGAGAACAACCUGGGGGUGGCGCUGGAGGUGAAGAUCAAGUUCAACAUCAUCGCCUCGCUCUACGACUACAACCCCAACCUGGCCACCUACAUGAAGCCCGAGAUGUGGCAGAAGUGCCUGGCGUGCAUCGAGGAGCUGCUGGACGUGCUCUUCGCCAACCCCCAGAUCUUCAUCGGGGAGAACAUCGUGGAGGAGUCUGAGAACCUCGCCAACCCCGAGCAGCCGUACCGGGUGCGCGGCUGCAUCCUGACGCUGGUGGAGCGCAUGGACGAGGAGUUCACCAAGAUCAUGCAGAACACGGACCCCCACUCCCAGGAGUACGUGGAGCACCUGAAGGACGAGGGCCGGGUCUGCGCCAUCGUGGCGCGGCUGCAGCGGUACCUGGCGGCGCGCGGCUCCCCCGAGGAGCUGUGCCGCGUCUUCCUGCGCCGCGUGCUGCACACCUACUACAAGUUCGACUACAAGGCCCAGCAGCGCCGCCACGCGCCCCCCGGCGCCUCCAAGUCGGAGGCGGACGCGGCGGAGAACGAGGGCGAGGACUCGGCGGCGCUGAUGGAGCGCCUCUGCAAGUUCAUCUACGCCAAGGACCGCACCGACCGCAUCCGCACCUGCGCCAUCCUGUGCCACAUCUACCACCACGCGCUGCACUCCCGCUGGUUCCAGGCGCGAGACCUCAUGCUCAUGUCCCACCUGCAGGACAACAUCCACCACGCCGACCCCCCCGUGCAGAUCCUGUACAACCGCACCAUGGUGCAGCUGGGCAUCUGCGCCUUCCGCGAGGGGAUGAUCAAGGACGCGCACAACGCGCUGCUGGACAUCCAGUCGAGCGGGCGCGCCAAGGAGCUGCUGGGCCAGGGGCUGCUGAUGCGCAGCCUGCAGGAGCGCAACCCCGAGCAGGAGAAGAUCGAGAAGCGGCGCCAGGUGCCCUUCCACAUGCACAUCAACCUCGAGCUGCUCGAGUGCGUCUACCUGGUGGCCGCCAUGCUGCUCGAGAUCCCCUACAUGGCCGCCCACGAGUUCGACGCCCGGCGCCGCAUGAUCAGCAAGCAGUUCCACCACCAGCUGCGCGUGGGAGAGCGCCAGCCCCUGCUGGGCCCCCCCGAGUCGAUGCGGGAGCACGUGGUGGCGGCCUCGAAGGCGAUGAAGAUGGGCGACUGGCGCACGUGUCACCGCUUCAUCGUCAACGACAAGAUGAACGGCAAGGUCUGGGACCUCUUCCCCGAGGCCGACAAGGUGCGCGCCAUGCUGGUCAGGAAGAUCCAGGAGGAGUCGCUGCGCACCUACCUCUUCACCUACAGCAGCGUCUACGACUCCAUCAGCAUGGAGAUCCUGGCCGACAUGUUCCAGCUGGACCUGCCCACGGUGCACAGCAUCAUCAGCAAGAUGAUCAUCAACGAGGAGCUCAUGGCGUCCCUGGACCAGCCGACGCAGACGGUGAUGAUGCACCGCACGGAGCCCACGGCGCAGCAGAACCUGGCGCUGCAGCUGGCCGAGAAGCUGGGCGGGCUGGUGGAGAACAACGAGCGCGUCUUCGACCACAAGCAGGGCUCCUACGGCGGCUACUUCCGCGACCAGAAGGACGGCUACCGCAAGGGCGACGGCGGCUACCUGCGGCGCGGCGGCUACCGGCAGCAGGAGCGCGGCUCCAACUACUGAGCCCUGCCCCACGGCGCCCCCCACGGAUCCCGCCCCACGGAUCCCGCCCCACGGAUCCCGCCCCACGGAUCCCACCCCACGGAGGCAGCCCCGCGGCUCCUGCCCCACGGCGCCCCCCAAUAAAGCGCCCAUGGGAAGCA